AUGCCCAUCAACAACAAGUACGCGCUCCAGGGCAGCAUAGGAUCCGGUCAAGGCUUGAGAGGAGGACGAGCUGCAGACCGGCAGGCGCCCAAACCUCGUCAGGACACUCGCCCCGUCGCAGGCCAGGACAAAGCAAAAUGUCAAAGAUGCGAGCAGAUUGGUCACUUCACCUAUCAAUGUACUGAGAAGACACAGCCUUACAAACCUCGGCCAUCUCGUACCCAGCUCCUGUUGAACCCCAAGCUGAGGGCGAAGGAGACGCCGACUGCUACUCUGCCGCCCGUCAUGAGCUCUGAUCAGCCCAUCAAAGGUACAGCAGAUCGCAUCAUCGCCGAAAACGAGAAACAGCGCGCCGUCAAAAGAGGACGAUCAUCAUCGAGAUCGUCUUCGGCCAGCUCGUCGAGCUCUCGUUCAUCUCGAUCUGGCAGCUUUUCCGGCUCGGGCUCAUCUCGUUCGCGCUCUCAUUCACUCUCGAUGUCUCGUUCCCCGUCGCAUUCGAGCUCACGCAGUCGCUCACCAGAACGCAAGCGAGGUCGUUCCAGAACAUACUCACGCUCGCCAAGUCCUGUACGACGUAGAUCGCCUGUCAGAAGACGCUCAGCUUCGCGAGAUCCGUCUCGGCGACGCGACUCUCUCGGCCCGGUCUAUCGACGUCGCUCCCGCAGCCCAGCCUUUCGUCGUCGCUCCCCGAGCCCCGUGCAUAGCUCGAGGUCAGCAUCACCGCGGCCCCGUCACGCAGAUUUAGGAGAGCGAGCGAGGUCGCCGCGGUCGCUCUCGAUCAGAGGGCGAGCGAGUAGGCAGUAG